AAAAAUUAUUUUAGCCAUGAACAGGCACAAUGAUAUGUAAGGAAUGAAACUGCCAUUUCAUUUUGGUGCAAAAAAAUGCACUUCACAGGGCCUUUAAGUACAAGUCCCUCAAAAUUGCACUAAUGUGCAGUCCUUGAGUAAACCUACUUAGUUACUUUACACCACUGGUAUGUACACAUGAAUCUCCGUCUUUUUGUGUGCUGCGAAUAGAUUGGGGCGUCAAAUGAUCAGUUAGAGCAGAGUGUACUCUGAAAACAGUCCCUGGACAGAGCUCACUCUCUCUCUGUGCGAUGUGUGUGUCAGGGACCAUCUGGAUGCAGCAGAUCUUGCUGCUCCUCGAAGCUAAGGGAGACCUGGCAGCCAUCAGCGGGCUCAGCAGCUCCUCCAACGCUGAUCUCAUCCCCUGGAUUGAGGUGAAUGGCAGCAGGCAGACGUUCAUCACGGCGCCCUCCCCCAGGAUGAGGGUCACCCACCUGCAGUACCAGUUCAUGCCUUCCGCUCUGAGCCAGAAGAAGGGCAAGGUGAUCUACGUGGCAAGAAAUCCCAAAGACGUCCUUGUAUCUUACUUCUACUUCCAUAAGCUCGCAAACAUGUUGGAAACCCCGAAGGAUUUCGAUGACUUCUUCGAGAAAUUCAUGAGAGGAGAUGUGUUUGGGUGCAGCUGGUUUGAGCACGUUAAGACUUGGUACUCGCAUAAGGAUGAUAUGAACAUGUUGUUCAUUACUUAUGAAGAAAUGAUUCAAGACCUGCAUUCAGCAGUGCAGAGGAUCUCUGUGUUCCUGGAGAAAGAGCUGAAUCCUGAGCAGCUGGCCAACGUGGUGAAACACAGUACCUUCAACAACAUGAAGAAGAUCCCUAAGGCCAACUACGAGCAGGUUCCAGAUGACCUGUUCAGCCACCACAAGGGAAGAUUCAUGAGGAAAGGUAAGAGUGUGUACGGCGGAAGGUGCAGGUAGCAGAUGACCUGAGCAGCAAAGAAUUUAGGGCACACU